GGGGACUGCACGACAGUGACUCAGUGCGGGGCACUAAUGAGCUUACUCGGGCAGCGCUAUUAAAGAGGCUGCUGACAUCAUGAGACAAAUGGAAAUGAUCAACAUUUAAUGGGCUUAGUUUGCACUGGAUUCCUUCAUUAGCGGAACAGUACAGGAGACAGGCGUAGUGAGUGAGGGGACGAGGCAGGGAUAGAUGUUGAGACUGUACUGUUUUCAAGGCAUAUAACCGCCCCUCUGAUAUGCACAGACGUGUACAUGCAACGCACUCCGUGCAGAAAAUGGCGUUCCACGCCAUGGCUCAGCCAAUGGCUUGUUGCAACUUGCAUGUUGACUUGACGGUGAUGAAGGGCUGACUCUUCUUCCUCACCUCCCCACUCGCAUUAGUAAAACCCACCGGCGCUCGGCUGAAGAGUCGCCGACGAUAAUGUAGGCGCUACAACGGUGUGGUCUUACAGAGGCAGCGUGUUCCGCCGGCUGAACAGCUGAGCCCUGCCUCCAGCAGCAGAGCGCAGCAGGACCCGGAUGGGACUGUCAUGGCCGCCGUCGCCGAGCUGCGAAAGACAAGAGAAAAGAAAGAUCAAAAAAGGUAAAAUUAUGGAAGAAAUCUUUGCAACGCCUAAUGAUUCUUCAAAAAAUGGCAACAUCCCAGGAAUACAUGAUGAAAAGGAAGAGAUUAAAGACUUUGUGUGUAAGCAGUUAAAAGAGGUGGUCAAUCAGUCCAGCGAUGUGCUCCCUUUUGAUCCUGAGGAAUGUUACAUUGAGGAGUCGUUGAGUCCUACAAAGACGGAUAAAAAAACAUUGAAGAAAUCCCCUUGUAAAGUUCAACAGGGAGCUGUUUUCUCUGGGAAGAUUCUCAGUUUUGGCUGUUCAGUAUGCAAAGAUAAUUUAACAUAUAGUCCCAAUGACCUCCUCAAACAUUUUCAUGGGACACACCAAGGAACCCUACCUACAUAUCCUUGUGAUCUCUGUGGCUUUGUCACAAAUGAGUUCCCUGCUCUUCAGCGACAUCGGAUUGGGCACAGAAAUACUCUGGUCACAUGUGAGAUCUGCAAUGAUGAUGUUCAAUAUUCUCUGCUUUUGCUUACCAGGCAUUACAAUAUGUGUCACAGUCUGAAUGGACAUUUUCAUUGUGAACAAUGUGAGUUUACAACAGUUGAUGCAGGUACAUUUGUCCAGCAUAUCCAUCACCAUAAUGAGAGUCAUGUCAAACCUAUUAAACAUCAACAUGUUAACUCAAACCACGAAGAGUACCAGAAGUGCAUGAACUUGUAUUCUGGUACUUCCCCCUUUACCUGUCAAGUCUGUGGGUAUGGUGCAGUAGGGAUCGAGUUCCUUAAAAAACACAUGGUAAAUGCUCAUGGCGAGGAGACCGAAAAAUCAAAGGACUUUCAGUGGAUGUCAAAACUCAACUGUCUUCCGGAGAGUGUACAAAACAAACACGUCAGGUUUUUCAAACCAGAGAGUUCACUGGAGGAGACUGGAUGCUUUGUUGAUAAGACUGAAUUUAAAAUGGGCAGCAAAAUUUUAAACAAAAGCUCUCAUAAUAGAGAACAGUCUGCCUGUCAGGUUGCACCAUUUGUACCAUUACCAUCUCAGGAACCUGAAAACUGUUCAGGAUCUGAGACAACAGCUCACAGCAAUUCCAAUGGACUGACUGUUCUUAUGGUCAAGAAUAAAAUUUCUAUUCCUCCCAACUGUACAACCAGGGUGAUGGGGUUCAAAAUGGUUGAUGGCAAAAAACAUUUAGUACUUAAAGUAAUACCAACAGCAAAAGCGGAGUCAUUCAAUCACAACCUCUCUUCAGUAGAUGACAUAGGCUCUGCAGUGUGUGACGAGAGUAAGCUCCUUGCAGAGAAUGGUAAACAUACCAAUAUUAACCAUCUAACAUCCCCUUUCUUGGCUGUUUCUCAAAGAGGUGAAUCAUGUUUCCAGGCUUAUCAAGAUGAUGUUAUGGCAGUAAAGGUGAAGGUAGAAGAGGACGAAGCUUUUCUUAGCCACAAUUAUACCAGCCUACAAAAAGAUGAAGUUGGAGAGCAAGAUGGAUGUGAAAAUAAUAGGUGGUCAGAAUCUUCAACCUUUGUAGAUCUAAUACAUCCCAUGGCUAAAGAGUCUGAUCAUUUGGGUGAACCAAGUGAUCCUGAUAUCAUGAAUACAAAGGUUGAUACAAACUCAAGAUCUUUGACUGUAAAUGAUGAUAAAACUUCAAAAAUUGGUAACAUAUCUUGUCCAGUGUCAUCUACUGAUAAGUUUACUGAUAUAUUCCUACUCUCAAAACUGGAUCAUGACAUUUUGCUUCCAAAACCAGUCUGCAAAACGACUGUUGAAAGCUGUGGUUCUGUAGACCCAAGUGUAGCUACAGAUAUUGUAGCUGAUAACCCAAUUGGCACCAACAAAGAGAGCGCUAUCUUUAACAACAGGCCAACCAAAGACAAAACCUCUCAAAAUACUCUGGACAUGAUUAACAGUGUUACAAACGACACAAAACAGUUUGACACAAAUAAAAGUCAGCUAUGUACAGCGGCUCAACAUGAUUCGACAAAGCAGUCAAGUCCAGUUCUUCAGCUAGAGUCACCCUCAGCCUCUUUCAAUAAUGUCAGAGGAAGUGCCACAUCCACAGGAAACAAUAGGCAAAAUUCCCCACACCAGGAAGUAUUUAAUUUUCACAAUUAUUCCAAGGAAACCUUCAGCAUUUCAUCUUACACCAAUCAAACUAUUUGCAAUCUGCCUGAAAUUUCACCAGAAAGCAAUGGGGUUUUUGAGCAAGAAUCAUCUCUUUGGACACUGACAUUAGCAGAGUCUCUUCAAACUCAUAGACAUAAUGGAAAUGGAGAGGUCCGAACUGCAGGUAGUAAUCUGCGCACUCAGGAGGAGGACAUUGAAAUUGAUGAGUGCAUUGCCAGUGUUGAGGAUCAACCAACUGAGGAGUCACUGUUUCAAGAAUUCAAUAUUAUCAAAAUUGAGGAAGAGAACAUACCUGUCUGUAAGAAGCAGCCAAGCAGCAAGAGUAGUUCAGCUUCUUUGGGUCGUGUUGUGGAAGAACAUUCAGAUGCCAUCAUUACCCACCAACUUAAUAAAGAAAGAACAGGAUCCUCAGCAAGCAGAGAUUCUGUAAAUCCAACAAAGUCGACUUUACGAAUUCUUCAGGUGCCAGAAGCUAAGCAGCAAAUGUUCUUGCAGACUGUUGAUAACAGAUAUGCUUUGCCGUUCCAGCUUAAAGGCAACCCUGGUUUUAAGCUGAUGAGUAAAUCCAGUGGUCCUCAAAUCAAUGUGUCACAUAAGAAUUCGGAAUUUGAAAGAUCAAGUAACUCUGCUGGUGUAGUUCUCACUCCAAAUAGUGGAAAGCUAGGCAUGUCAACACCAGUAUCAGGAGCAAGGGAAAAAGGAGCAACACAGCUUUCUGCUGUACAAUCAGGUGCAAGUAGCUCAACAAGUCCCUACAUUAUUAAUAGUACAUGUAAGGGUCCUCUUCUAUUUUCAGGUGCAACAAAUUGCAAAACCGUGAAGACACAGCCAACUUGCUAUUUGGUGCACAGGUCAUUUCCUGUUGUUCAGGCUCCCACCAAUCCUAGUUUAAAAAUUUCAAGCUCACAGGUACCACUCAGUUCAUGUCCAGUUCUCACAAUGCCUAUGAACUCUGCAGACAAAUCUGUUUUGCAGACUGGGCGUCAAGCCAUUCUGGUUAGAUAUAUCUCUCCAGCAAAGUCAGGCAUACUUGUGAAUAGUUUAGAUGGAAAGACUUUGAAUCAGUCUAGCCAAACUGUUGAAAGUGCAGCAAACAAAGUUGUAUUUAAGAUAGUCACACCUACUGUCGGGGUUCUUUCAAGUGGAGCUCCCACUUCCACAAAUCAGUCUUUGUUUUUGGCCACAAGACCACAAUCUCAGUGUUUUCUCGUGUCAUCCACUAAAUCUAAUGCAAAUAAUUCCACUGGAGUGAGGAAAUUUAUCCCCAUACAAAACGUUGCUCAGAAACAGUUGGAAGCAUCCUCUCUUUUGGUCUCCCAACCAAAUGUAAAAGUUAAGAUAAUGCAGAACGAGGGGAAGGAAAUUAAAUUGGCUCCAAGGCCAGUUCGACCACCAAGCCAAAGGAAAAGGCGCAGGAAAACCAUGUUUGAUGAGAUUCCAGUGUCUAUGCAUAAAGCUCGGAGACUUGCAAGCAAAACACUGACUGAGAAAGAGACUCCUGAACUAUGGCAGCCUGUAGCAAAAGAAGUUGAAAGGACACUGAGAAUUUGCCCAUUUAGUUCUCUUCAGCAGGUGAAAUGCCCUCGUAGAUAUCAACCUGUAGUGGUGCUCAACCAUCCAGAUGCUGACAUUCCUGAAGUAGCCAGUAUCAUGAGGUCGGUCAACAGGUACAGAGGUGCCAUUAUAAAAGUAUCCCUCUCUCAAAAAACAGUCCAAGCGCUCUCUGAGCUAAACCAGAGUGGGGAAGGGAACAAGUCUUUGAUUAAUCAUAAUAUGUCUCAAAUCAAUGGUGCUAGACACCGGCCAGUUCACAGUUUUGUCUGUGAGCGCUUCUUGCUUAAACUUAAGUUAAAGAAAAAAAGCAAGAAAAAGUACGAGGUAGUGACAAAGUUAUCGAGAUCUGCCGAGCAGUCAUCAGUGUUCGACUGCUGGUUUUGUGGUCGGCGUUUCAACAGUCAAGAAGAUUGGAUUGGCCAUGGUCAACGACAUCUCAUGGAGGCCACUAGGGACUGGAAUAAGUUGUUCUGAAUUAUUUACACUGCUUUGUAUAAACUGAUAUGCCAUCUUCUAGAGGUGGAACAGAUGAAUAUGGUAAUAUUGUAAGUUUUUAAAUGACUUUCUAUUGUCCUUUUAUUCUAGCAGCAAUUUGUAUUCAUGCAUUCAUACUUAAAGAAAUUAGUACUCUUUUCAUAUGUAGAUAUUUUAGUAACAUACUUUAAAACUGAUUUCUAAAAUCACACAUGUACAGGUUGAAUGGAAAUGUGAAAACGGUGCUAACUGUAACGGAACAGAUUUAGUUCACUUGCUAAAGUAAGGGUGGUAACAGCAAAGGUUUUAAGCAUAGUUUUUACCUAAUUACUCAGGUGAUUUCAUUUUCUGAAAUAACUACCCUAUGUUUGAAAGACAAGUUGUUCAUUGUCAUUUUUGCUUUUAAGUUUAAUAAGUGGUUUUUAGGAUAUUUUUUGUAUAUUCUUGUCAUUCUUUUUGUGCAGGAGGACUGGAAACCCAAUUUGUAUAGUAUUAAAUAACAGCGGUUAGAUGACAUUACCCUUUGUGCUUGUGUUAAAUGUUAAUCAUGAUGACUCCUUUUUGAACAAAGAUUAAUCCCAGAUUAUAUGUACGUAUAUAUUUUUUUUACUCAUGAAUCAGUUGUUUUUGUUUUGUUUUUUUGAUUAGGAUUUCAUCAACAUGUAGCAUGCAUUCUUAUAGCUAGAGCUGAGAAACUACGGGGGUGGUUUGGAAACCAAAGUGGCCCAACAAAACUGAGAUGUUCCUUAAGGAAUGCUUGCAAGAAGAAAAAAACAAACAAAACAAAACUAGAAAAUACAUCAUC